GGCAAUUUUUCUAUUGAGAAAUGAUCCCAACAGUUGGUAAACAAUAUUAGCAUUUUCAACCACAUCAAGUGUGGGUUGUGUGAUGCUAAAAAAAGAUUCGUUAAAUUUGCGCGAAGUGCUCUCUCAGUUGACUUUCGACAGUGCUCUCGAUCAACCACAGAAAUGAUGUCAGCAAUCAAGAUUUUUCUCUUGCUCCUCCUAAUGGGUGCAGCAACGGCUCUUCAGUGUUAUACGUGCAACAGUGAUGAAAUUGGUGAUGAUUGCAUCAAUAAUACGGCAAAAUGGACCAUCACAAAGUGCCCAGAAGAUGAAAAAGUCUGCUAUGUUAGGCUAACGCGUGCCACAUUAAACUCCACAACAGGAUAUUCCGAACGUGGAUGUGAAUCAACGAUGAAUUUCUGCAGAAAUUGGUUCAGAAUCCUUUUCCCAACAGGUGUACAUAGUUGCUAUGUGUGCAACAGUUCAAAGUGCAACGAAAUUAAUGCAUUGGACAUUAAAGAAUCAUCAUCAGGAAGAAGUUCAAUGAACUUCAGCCUUCUCCUUCUGACCUUCCUUCCCAUUAUUGUGAGGAAAUUCAUUUCCUAGUGAAUGUGUGUGAAUUUUUGUGAAAAAAAAAUUGUUAACUUCUUCAAAAGAUUACAAAAUGUUUUUUAUUAACAUAAAAAAUGUGUUUUGUAUUUUAGUAACAAUAUUCGAAUGCCAACACGGUCGCCCCCGCGAAUGUACAAAAAUAGAAAAAGCUUUUAUUAACAAGAAUAAACCCACGAUAAUAUUUUUAAUAUAAUUCUCAUAGUUCUGUUAUUGUAAUUUAUCAUCACAAUAUUCCUUUUUAAUGGUAAAAUAAAGUUAAGAUUGUAAAAUAUUA